AUGGCAUUUGCGGCCUUCAACAAUGUAACAGAAGAAGUAAGCAUUCUUAGUACCAUUCCCCUGCCUUGCCACCAAUCAACUGGUGAUCUUUUUCUUUUAGGACCUUUACAUCACAUCCGACCUCUGGAGGUGCAAGGUACUGAUCGAACUGGAUGGUUCCCACCGCGAGAGGCGUCGUCACUGGAUGAGUAUAUCGAGAUACAAACUAUUCACAGCCAUAUUCAGGACGUAGAGCCAUCCUCUCUCAUAUCCGAACUUUCACCUGAAAGCUUGUACCGUCUUCUUCCCCCUGGUAUUCGAAGCUGCAUUCGAGCACACUCAAUCAUACGGAAAUGGCUGAUUUCGAAAAUUGUCGCUCCCCGUAUAGGUCUCCGCGCACGUCAAAUGCGAAUAGAGUUUUUACUGCAAGUCAUUGAAGUCGCUCGGCUGCGUAAUGCGGAGAGUUCUUCACCCAAUUCUGUCUAUGAGCAGCCCUGUGUUCGGUCUUUCGUAGAAGCAGCGGUGACAUCCGCCAUCCUGAGUCCUGAAUGCAGAAUGCACCACCGAGCAUGGCAGAAUGUUUCUGCUAGUCAAUGUUGCAAUUACGACACAAUUUCUCAGCUGCUUGCACGACCCAAAACUCAAUCUGUCGCAUCUAGAGAUCCCUUAACUGUGGACAUGGGCUGGCUGAUAGAGCGGAUUCUGGACGUUAUUGCCAUGCCCGAUCUUGUUGAAUCUCAUAAUGAAGAAGGGCAAAAUCUCGUUAACUUUGAUAAACGCCGGUCAGUCUGGUUUUCAGUCUUUCAAUUCUUCUGCUGA